AUGCAGAGAGAACUGGAUGAAAACCAGUCAAGCGAACAAGCAGGAUUAAGGGCAGAUUUUUCAACAUCAGACCAUCUACAGGUCUUAAGUCAGCUUAUAGAGAAGUCAAAAGAGUAUAGCUUUCCCAUCAGUCUAUGCUUUGUGGACUAUGAAAAAGCAUUCGACAGCAUCAGUCAGCAAGAACUACUUCAAGUUCUUGAAAGGCAGAUCACAGAUAGCAAAUACAUUAACAUCAUUAGGGCUCUUAAUAAAAAAGCUUGUGCAAGAGUACACAUCGAUUUGAACAGUUCGACAGGAAUAUUUAAAAUACUGAAGACAGAAAGCAAUAAAGCUGGACUAAACAUCAGCAUCAGUAAAACCAAGGUUAUGUUCAGUAAAGAGGUAGUAGCAGGUAGUACCACAACACUAGAUGGAAUGACAAUUGAAAAUGUAGACUGUUAUGUAUACUUGGGCAAGAAGAUAAGGAUGGAGGAUGACACCACUGCAGAAGUUAAGAGAAGAAUACAGUUAGCAUGGGUAAAAUUUGGAAAAAAUUGGGUUCAUAUUUCGUGA